AUGGCAAACUCAUUCAACCAUCAGCCUGACCAUCACGAUGGCCUUCCCCCUUACCUGUCAGAUCCUGCCCGCAACUCUCCACUGUUGCGCGAACCCGAGAAUCCUCUUAAACCGUUCUAUCCUGGACAGCCCAAGUCGCUCUCUGGGAUCGCUAUGCGCGCGUUCUGCCUGGGCAUAGUCUUCUCAGCAAGCAUCAUCGGCACAGUAUCCAUCUUGAUCUUCACCGAGAGCCCCAUCUGGCGCAUCCCCUUCUUUCUCUUGUCUCUAUCUACUUUCCAUUUCCUGGAGUUCUGGACCACGGCCGAGAAGAACACCGCGGUGGCCACUAUCGAUAGCUUCCUCCUCACGGCAAACUGGCCGUCUUACGCGAUAGCCCACUCCGCCGCCUUCAUAGAAUGCCUCGUCGUGACCGUCUUUUUCCCCAACCGCCACUGGGCACCUUUCAAUUCCGGCCACCUGCUUCUCUUCAUUGGCCUUUUUCUAGUCGCUGUCGGCCAGGCUAUUCGCUCCAUAGCAAUGUUACACGCGGGAGCUAGCUUCAACCAUUAUGUCCAAACAAAGAAGGCCCAAACGCAUCUCCUCGUGACGACUGGAAUCUAUGGAUGGCUGCGACAUCCGGGCUAUUUUGGCUUUUUUUACUGGGGGUUAGGAACGCAACUUGUGCUGGGUAAUGCAAUCUGCUUUGUGGCCUAUGCGGCUGUGCUAUACAUGUUCUUUAAGGGCAGGAUCGAGAUGGAGGAAGAGAAGUUGGUGCAGUUCUUUGGCGAUGACUAUGUGGCUUAUAGGAAGAGAGUCGGCACACUAAUUCCAUUUAUAGCGUAG